UGUGUGUAUAUGUGUGUUUAGCAUAGCCGCGUAGUAGCAGAGACUGAAAUUUUAUAGCUUCAUGAUAAACAGUUGUUUAGGUUGUUUGUUCCGCUCCACAUGACUCUCGGCGAAUGAAGUGCGGCAUGGAAGAUGAAAAGUUAAAAUACACAUUUCGUGAAUUCAUAUGAUUAGUGCGCGAAGAACAGAGUUUCGUGUGCUAUGAAAUGUCGACUGGUGUGAAAAUACAAGACCGUAACCACCAAAUUAUUAGUUUUCAGAAAUAAAUAAAAAAUAAAUAAUUUGCAUCGAAAAUGGCUGAGCUGAUCAACGAAGACGCACAGGCUCAUCCUAAAAGUAUCAAAUUACCACCGGCAGUUGAAGUUUUUGCAAAUUUAAAGAACGCCCAAAAAUUUGCUAUCGACAUAGGACUUUCGUUAACAAAAAUAGCUUAUUAUUCAACUGUAAAUUAUCGUCGAGCUCUUUAUGGGAGUGAUGGUACCGGAACCAGUGGGGAAAGGGCAUACAAAGUGUACGAAGGUAGCAGAUUACAUUUUGUAAAAUUUGAGACAAGAUACAUUGAAAACUGCUUAGAUUUUGUAAAAGAAAAUUUGGUCAAUGUUGAGAGAUUCGAGGGCAAAAGUAUCAAAGUGACAGGUGGAGGAGCUUUUAAAUAUGCACAGUCGAUACAAAAAAAAUUAGGACUCGAAGUGGACAAAGAAGAUGAAAUUUGCUGUCUCAUAAAAGGCUGCAAUUUUUUACUAAAAAAUAUAGCAUUCGAAGCUUUUGAAUUCGAGAGAAAUGGAGACCCUGAGUACAAAUUUCGGAAAGCUGAACCUAAUAUAUUUCCUUAUCUUUUGGUCAAUAUCGGUAGUGGAGUGAGCAUUUUGAAAGUUGAGUCUGAAGAAGAAUUUGAAAGAGUUGGUGGCACUGCUACAGGUGGAGGAACUUUCUGGGGAUUAGGAUCUUUGCUCACUAAAGCGAAGGGUUUCGAUGAAUUGUUGCAACUUGCAGAACGAGGCGAUCAUCGAAAUGUUGAUAUGUUGAUCAAAGAUAUUUAUGGUGGGGAUUAUUCUUCUCAAGGUUUAUCCGGAGACAUUAUUGCAUCAUCAUUCGGAAAAGCUAUGGCUUUGAACAAUAUUCCAGGUGAAAGAAGUUUUUCCGAAGCCGACAUCGCGAGAAGUUUAUUAUUGACGAUAAGCAAUGACAUUGGACAAAUAGCAAGUCUCUAUGCGUCUCUUCACAACAUGGAAAGAGUUUACUUCGGUGGAUAUUUUUUACGAAAUCAUCCUCUUUCUAUGCAUACGAUUUCGUUCGCCAUAAACUAUUGGUCAAACGCUAAAGUAAAACCACUGUUUCUCCGACAUGAAGGUUAUCUCGGAGCAAUCGGAGCUUUUUUGUACGGUGCAGAGCAAUCGGAUAAGUACAGUUGGCUCGAGAAUUACGCGGGUUCCUCAGGGUUCAAGGAUUCGAUCGCAACGAACCUUGGGAUCGAAGUCGAUCAGCUGGAAAUCGACAGAGCCGAUAAUGCCGUUACUUUUUGUCCUCUUCUCAAAGAUCCUACGACGUACAAUCCUGAUACUACAGACCUUGCUAAGGAUAAGGAAGCUAGAGAUUACUGGUUACGAUGUUUCGAAGAGUCUGUUGAUAAAUUUGUGGCACGCGCUAUUCACAGCCAGCCACAAAGUCCCACUGCCAAAGAUCGAGCGAGUAAACUUAAGGAAAAAUACGUCAAUCGUCUGCACUAUCUACAUCUUCAACCAUUCGCUUAUGGCACUCUGACAGUUCGAACUUUACUCGAUACAAUCGAACAUUGUAUGAAAGAAUUCGAUUUUCCAGAUCCAUAUUUACAACAAAAGAAGCAAGAAAAUGAGGAAGCUCUGCAACAUUUGAAAGAUCGAAUAAUCUUCCUUGAUUCGUUGCAAGGCGCUGAUAAAAUAAAGGCACUCGUAAUGGGCGUUCUCGCCGGUAAUAUGUUUGACUGGGGUGCCAAAGAAGUCGCCAUUCUCAUGGAAACUGCUGAUUUCCAUUUUGAACAGGCCCAAGAAAAAAUACCUGAUAGACCAUGGCUUAAAGACAAUCUGAACGAAUGGACGGAAAGAUUACAGAACGGUCCGCCACACAGAUGCGCUGCUAUUUUCGUUGAUAACAGCGGUGUCGAUAUCAUCCUCGGAAUUUUGCCUUUCGCACGAGAUUUAUUGCAACGAGGAACAAAAGUUAUACUGUGUGCCAAUUCAAUGCCAGCAUUAAACGAUGUUACUUAUCCUGAAUUGGUAGUGACGUUACGUGAUGCUGCAAAAAUUUGCGGUUUGAUAAAACGUGCGCUGAAAGAGAAACGUUUAAUUGCUAUGGAAACUGCUCAAGCAGGCCCGUGUUUGGAUCUGAGUCGAUUGAACUUGGAACUGUGUAUGACGAUGGUGAAGCAAAACGUCGAUCUCGUAGUAAUUGAAGGAAUGGGACGUACAUUACACACGAAUUUGUACGCGAAAAUGAAAUGCGAGUGUUUAAAAAUAGCAGUGAUAAAAAAUCGAUGGUUAGCGAUGCGUUUAGGAGGUGAAAUGUACGCGGUGAUUUGUAAAUACGAGAAACCGACAUUGAUUCCGCCGACGAUGUUGGAAGACGAAGAAACGAGAAAGAAGAAAACGACUGGCGAGAGUUAUGAAGAAAACCCGACAGAUUUGCCCUUUAAUUUUUGUCAUUGCAGUGCGAUGCAACAAAAUUUAACGGAGGACGAAAAAAUAUUGUACGAUCAAAGAAAGCGUGAUGUAGCGAUAAACCAGAGCGGCGAUUCAGCAAACUUGAGUGACGAGAACGACCAAAUUGCCAAACGAAAUUCUUCCAAAACGUAGAAAAUAAUGAAGAAUCAAAACUUAAGAUCCAAACCUCUGGAGUUUGGAAUAAUAAUGUAAUAAAACAAAGAAUCGAGAUUCGCGUUAAGCUGUAAAUAAAUAUAAUAUGGAGUGUUCGCGGAAGUACCGAAACAACGAGGAUUCGUUUAGUUAUUUUUAUUCUUUUAUUUUUAAAUAUUUUUGAGGAAAAAAGAAACUUCGAAAUUUACAAUUCGUAUUAAAAAUUCUUAUCUAAAAAUCAAAAUAAUUGCCAAUUUGUUGUUUAUAUGUCAUGUUGUAAUACAAUUCAACAAACAAAAACUGUUCAUGUAACCGAGCUAAACACACCUCGCUGCCUUAAGACAAAACUGUUAUCAAAAUAAAUAAUACAAUAUACGUGAAAUUUGAUCAUUUCACACGAGGAUUCAAAUGAUGUGGAUAAAGUACGAAUUACUGCGACGAGUGUCUUAAAAAUAAUGAAAAACUAUUCUGAAUUUUCGAGCGAAGGAAAUAGACCGAACAAAGUAAAAACAACUAAAUGGUUAGAUUAGUGUGAAACCAUUUUCAGAUUUCGGCGAAGAAAAUCAUCUUUACUCACACGAUAUAUGAAUGAAGACGUUGACAUGUAGAAAAAUGGGUGAAGAGCAAUGAAACAAAUGCAGACAAUAAAAAACUGAGUUUCAAGCGUA